AUGUCCUACGAUUGGCUAAACGUUCCUGGCAUUGUAAUCAACAAUGAGGAUUCAAAUCUGGGGGCACAACCACCGCCCAUGGUCUCGUUCAAUUUUGGAGAAAGAGAACAUACCUCCAAUGCUAAUAACGCAUACAACAAUCAACCGAAAUUACAACAUGGUAUUCGAACCAAUUCCGGAUCUUCUGUGUCCGCAGACAAUAUAAACCGGUAUCCAGAAACGUUACUUUCUACUCAGCCGGGCCAUGAGCGAAGAAGUGCAUCGGAAACGGAACUGUCGAAAUACGCCGAAACUCAAGAAGACUUACAAGUUCCGCUUUCACUUUCGCGAAGUCAAUUGACCAAAGAAGAAAUUAGAACGUACCUCCGAUGGUAUAAUUACAUUGCGAGCCGGAAAGGGUCGAAACUGAUUUCUCUUGAAGACGUUUUUAGAUUCCUUUCGAAUUUCCCUCUGAAUGAAAUUAUCAAAACUAGAAUAGAACACAUUUUCAAGAGUUGUCGAGGCGCUUUGAAUAUUGGCCGGUUUUUUGCGGUUCUGCGUCUUGUUUCGCGUGCCCUCACUAAGGGAGUGCUUCCAACGCGAAGUAUGUUGAGAGAAUCUGCGCCUAUCCCAAAACCAAAAUCUAUUUUGGCGCAGGGAAAUAACGAAGUCUACGAAGAAGUUGACGAAACACCCCGAGGCGAAAAACCUGAAAUUGAUUUUGAUAGUUUUGCAGCUUUACUGCUCACCGGCCAGAAGAAGAAGAGGCUAAGAAGAAGAAUUAUAAAUUACGAUAAACGGUCUAAAAGUGUGCGUUUUUCUGACAAGUUGGUAACGUUUCAGGACGAAAUGGUCAAGCCUGAAUUUGUCGCGAACCAUGAAGCCGCUGUCAAUGGUGAAGACGAGGGCCAUGAUGACGACCCGUCUGAAGGCGCACCUUUGGAUCUUUCAUUGCCGAUGGAUCAACUUUUGAAGAAAAUAGCAUCCAGAAAGAAGAAGAACGACGCAUUGGUAGAAAAGCUUCCUUCGGAGCAGGAGCCUGAGACCCAAGAGGAACGAGAAGUUUUAGAAGGCAUGAAGGAGUCCCUGAAUCAUUUUCAUCAAAUUCAGAACGUCGACAACGUUUCGCGAAGCGGAAUUACAGCCCAAAUUAAUAAUGCACAAGCGACGGCAAAUCAUCUCAAUGUCAAUCAAACUCUUUUGGAACCUUUGAAACCUACCGCAACUGGAUCUGCGAAUCACCUUUUCAGGUCUAAUUCUCAGCCAGCCAAUGUACAGCAAAAACAGUUUCCUUUGCAGGAGCAAUCCGGACAGGUGCCGGUAGUGCCAAAUACGAUAGAGCCCUUGCGUCCAACGGCAACAGGAUCAGCAAAUUACAUGAUGAGGCGCCAUCAGAACCUACCACCGCCACAAUCACUCCCUGCAGGUAAUGCUACGACGAAUGUGCACAAUUUGUUUCUAAGUCCAGACUCAAACUACGUUUCGUCUCCCCGUUUAGGCGAACCCGCAGGUCAUUCCGGAACCGCAAGUGAUUACUUUCAAAACCUGUUGUCGCACUCGCCGUCCCCUAACAACAGCAGCGCGAGUUUACGUCCCGAAAACUAUGGAAUAUCGUCUCAAGCCAACGGUAGCAGUCUAAGACCACCACCGCCACAUCCUUUUCACCAACGACCAAUGUCAGUAUCACCUCAACCUACCCCAGGCGGGUAUCCGAAUUUUUUCCAGCAGAUGUCUGCUAGUUACACUAAUAUGCCCGUAUUCCAGCAUCAAGACAUGUCUCCUUCUCCCGUACACCAAAUUUCUCCUGCGCCGCCCCUUCAUUCUCAACAGGGCAACAUCUUGGGCGACCUGAGAGCCCUCAAAGAGCAAGUUGAUCAACUACAAAACAACUAUAACAGAUAA